CGCCAAGUCACGUGGUGUGGCGCCGCCACCGCGAAGCUGCGUUGCGGGCACUGGCCCGCCCAGGCUGCCGUCGUGCUUGGUGGGCGGGGCUGACGGAAGCCGGCCCGGGUAGAGAGCAGCUUGGGCCUGCGUGUAGCAAGGCAGCUGCGGGGCCGGGCCCGUGUCUCUCUCUCCGCCCGCCCCUCUCCGCAUCAAUGGCGGCGGCGAUGAUGGCGGCGGCGGAGCAGGAGGCCUCGAAGGGCGGCGGCGGCGGGCGGAACCGGGGUGGGGUGCAGCGGGUGGAGGGGAAGCUCCGCGCCAGCGUGGAGAAGGGCGAAUACUACGAGGCGCACCAGAUGUACCGGACCCUCUUCUUCAGGUAUAUGUCCCAAGGCAAACACGUAGAAGCAAGAGAACUGAUGUAUUCAGGGGCACUGUUGUUCUUCAGUCACAGCCAACAAAACAGUGCUGCUGAUCUGUCCAUGCUGGUUUUAGAGUCCUUAGAGAAAUCGGACGCAAAAGUAACAGAUGAACUACUAGAAAACUUGGCUAAAGUGUUUAGUUUGAUGGAUCCAAAUUCUCCUGAAAGAGUAGCUUUUGUGUCCAGAGCACUGAAGUGGUCCAGUGGUGGAUCAGGGAAACUUGGUCAUCCGAAACUACAUCAGUUAUUAGCCAUCACGUUGUGGAAAGAGCAAAACUAUUGUGAAUCUCGGUAUCACUUCUUGCACUCCAUGGAUGGCGAAGGAUGUGCUAAUAUGCUAGUAGAAUAUUCAUCAUCCAGGGGAUAUCGCAGUGAGGUGGACAUGUUUGUAGCUCAGGCAGUCUUACAAUUUCUCUGCUUAAAAAAUAAGACGAGUGCAUCAGUGGUUUUUACGACAUAUACACAGAAACAUCCUUCAAUAGAAAAGGGGCCUCCAUUUGUACAACCGUUGCUAAAUUUCAUCUGGUUUCUGUUGCUGGCUGUCGACGGAGGAAAACUAACAGUAUUUACAGUAUUGUGUGAACAGUAUCAACCUUCACUGAAAAGAGAUCCUAUGUAUAAUGAGUACCUAGAUAGAAUAGGACAGCUCUUCUUUGGAGUUCCACCCAAGCAGACGUCAUCCUACGGAGGAUUACUAGGAAAUCUUUUAAACAGUCUGAUGGGAGCUGGGGAAGAUGAUGAUGCAGAAGAUGGUCAAGAAGAUAGCAGUCCUAUUGAACUUGAUUGAAUUUUUUUUCAUUAGGAGCUGCAUGAAUUUGGCAAUUUGAUAACUCAAAAGACAAUUUCAGAAUUUGGAUCCUGCAGUUGUUUCUCAACAACUAAAAGGGCUCCUCUGUUCUGUUAAAGAAGGUUGCUGAAAUGUUUUAUGAUGUUUGGUCUAUAUUAUUUAUGUAAAAAGAAAUAGCCAAUAGAACUGAUUGGAAUGAUUGUUAUCAGACUUCCAGUAUGCUGGCUGAUGGCUUUGAUUAAGAUGUAUAGUCUUCUGCAGUUUCAAAUGCAGUAUUCCCUUUUUCACAAUAACAUAAAAUAAAGCAUAAACAUUUGUUUGGUGCUUUACAUUUUUAAACCAGUUUUGUUUUAGUGUAUUAUGAAAAAUGCUUGACCUUUGCUGUCACAAAGGAAUGUCUUGAAAGGCAGGGUAAAUAGUUGUAUAGCUUAUCUAUAAACCCAGUGCCAAAAGUAUUUCAAGACAAUCCAGAGAGGGUGUAAUUAAAGGUGCGCAGUCAGGAAACUUCAAAACCACACACGCAUCCCUGAAAUUCAUUCCUGUCACAGCAAUUAGUAUAAUUUGCACCAUCCAGAACAAUUCUGUGUAUCUAAAAUCAGUCUUCAAAUUACACCAUUCUUAUACAGAUGUUCCUUUAAAGUAGUUGCUCACCUCUCCUCUGAUAAGAAUGGAUCAUUUGAAUGUAGAUGAUUGGCUGCUAAUUAGACCAGACUUUCUUAGCCUUGUUGUUUUAUACAUAGAUAUUCAGCAGCUAAAAACCUCCUCCAACACACACUUUUUUUCUUUUAGAAUGGAGUCUUUUAGAUUUAGGUCUGUAAUAGUGCGUAAAGGUGACAGUUUGAGGUUUUGUUUUAGUAACCAAACAAAACCACUACAUUUGUUUGCUAUAAGCAGCACAUGGGAAAAAUCUUUGCAACACAGUUCUAUUUACAGAAAAGGGAUACUGCAAAACUAUCAGUUCUUUAAGAUACAAUAUUUAUUUUUAUUGGGUGGUUGAUUCAUUUAACACUUUAUGUAAAAAAAAAAAAUAACCACAAACUGCAUUAGGCAUAAUAAUUCUCGUCUCCUUUCAAUGCAGUGCACCACGUGAUAGCUGUAUGAUUAAAAGAUGAAAUCGGGGAAACACUUUAUUUUUUCACAUCUAAAAUAAAAGGCUUAGAUUAAUACACAGUGAUCAUGCAUGGGGGGAAUAAUACAUUUUUAUUUACUGUAAAAAAAAAAAAAAAAAAAAAAAAGAAUUUAAAGGAGGACUUUGUGUUAAUUGUUGAGUAUUAAAUAAAUACUUUAUACUGGGA